UAAAAUAUGUGUAUACACUCAAUAGUUUAUAUAACGUUCUAUAAACGACGGUACAAACGUUGCUAAUGUGUCUGAAAAAUACUCAUACAAGCGGACAGCGGAGAAAUUGAUUAGCGAAUAUAGAUUAAAAGUGUAGUUUAAAGGUUUCCAUGGACUCUUUCAAAUAUAUAUAUUACCAUGAGACUAAUUGUUGGAUUGUCUACAUCUACGUAACUUCAGGAAGCCAGGGAGAGUUUGAGGCAGCAACAUGCAGCACAUGUCAUCUCCAGUCAGGUUCCGCAGCAGCAGCAAGAAAGUUGUCCAGUCUGUCCAUCGAGGACCAGGAGGACACUCAGUUUCCUUUCGCCAUGAGGGAUCUGCCUCCCAUCUCUCAGCCUGGCGACCAGCACCAGGCACCGGACCACCAGGCACCAGUCCACCGUGAGGCAGAGGGAACUGGGACAGCAACCAACGGACUUACCAGCCUCCCCGGGACUCCCCGUCUGCCGCGUGCCGUCUUCUGCAACCCCGCUGGCUCUCCGACAGUCCCCCAUAGACCAAGUCGCGUGGGACCAAACGCAGAUCUUCAGCUCUUGGCGCUGAGGAGGCAGCUCAUCUCUCAGGUGUCUAUGGACUGUCCACUCAGCCCGGCGUCUCGUCCACACAGCCCCUGGGGACGCUUUGACCCUUAUGACUCUCCAGAGGAUCGGGACAAAGAGUAUGUGGGUUUCGCCACGUUGCCCAACCAGGUUCAUAGAAAGACGGUGAAGAAAGGAUUCGCAUUUACGCUUCUGGUGGCGGGGGAGUCUGGCCUCGGUAAAUCCACACUCAUCAACAGUUUGUUCCUCACGGACCUCUACCAAGACAGGAAGGUUCCCAAUGCACAAGAACGGAUCGAUCAAACAGUCGACAUCGUAAAACACACCAUUAGCAUUGAGGAGAAAGGAAUCAAAGUGAGGCUCGCCAUCAUAGACACACCGGGGUUCGGAGACGCUGUCAACGACACAGAAAGCUGGAAUCCAAUAGAAGACUACAUCGACCAGCAGUUUGAGCAGUACUUCAGAGACGAGAGCGGGUUGAACAGACGGAACAUCCAGGACAACAGAGUCCACUGCUGCCUCUACUUCAUCUCUCCAAUUGGCCACGGUCUUCGGCCUCUGGAUGUGGCGUGCAUGAAGGCUUUGCAUAACAAAGUUAACAUAGUUCCUGUUGUGGCCAAAGCUGACAGCCUGACACAAGCGGAGGUCGACAGAAAGAAGCUGAAGAUCAGAGAGGAGAUCGAGCAGUUUGGGAUCAACAUCUACCAGUUUCCCGAGUGUGAUUCAGAUGAGGACGAAGACUUUAAAAGACAGGACCAGAUACUCAAGGACAGCAUCCCAUUUGCAGUAAUUGGGAGUAAUGUUCAGGCGGAGAGUGAGGGUCGCAAGUUCAGGGGUCGUGUCUAUCCCUGGGGUGUGGUAGAAGUGGAGAACCCGGCUCACUCUGACUUCCUGCUGCUGAGGAACAUGCUGGUGAGGACGCACAUGCAGGACCUGAAGGAUGUGACGGGGGAGACGCACUAUGAAAACUACAGAGCCCAGUGCAUUCAGAAUAUGACGCGCAUGGUGGUGCAGGAGAAGCAGCGCAGUUUGCGUGAGAAGCAUGGAGAGCAGAGCGAGGCUGAUUUUCCUCUGCCGCUGGCUCCCCCCGACUCUCAGACGGAAAGAAUCCUCUUUGAGAAAGACGAAGAGCUGAGGAGGAUGCAGGAGGUGCUGGAGAGGGUCCAGGAGCACAUGCAGCACAGCCAGAGAGGUGGUUUCUGA